CUUAGAUAUUGACACAUCUACUUAUUCUCAAAUCGGUGCGUUUAAAUAUAGCGGUAGAGCCACCGCUAUCAAUCAGUCGUAACUUGACCUUAGUGGGUGCGUCGCGUCGCGUAUCGUAUCAAUAAUGUUGUUCACGCUCGUAUUUACAAUAACAAUAUUGUGUUAUGUGCUAAUACAUACAAAGUUUUUCAACAAAAGUUAUUGGAAGAAGAAAAAUGUAGUGCAAACCGAUUACAAUUUGAUGCUGAAAUUCAUAUUCGGGAAACAGUCAAUGCCAGAGAUAUUGAAGGACAUUUAUGAUGAUCACCCUGACGCACUUUAUGUGGGAACUAUAGCUGGGACGACACCAACGCUGAUCCUCAAGCAUCCUGAAGACAUCCAAGCAGUCUUGGCUGGUGAUUUCCAAAGCUUCCACAGUCGAGGCAUUAAGUUUGGACCCCACGAUCUACUAGCUGAUAAUUUAUUGUUCAUGAAUGAUGUUAAAAGAUGGAAACUCUUGAGGAAUAAACUAAGUCCAGUUUUUACAACGUUCAAGCUCAAAUAUAUGUUCAAAAUAAUAGAAAAGGUUGCUCGGGACUUUGUUGAAGUGGUUGAAGACGAUAUCCAUCUGCGACAAAACCCAUUUAACAUUCUAUACACUUACACAACCGCAUCCAUAGGAGCAUCAGUGUUUGGUAUUGAUACGCAGAAUAAUCGGAACGCUAUGGAUUCACCAUUCUUAGAGAUGACGAAGAAGACUCUGGAACCAUCUUUGUAUGCAAAUAUCGCUGCUUUAAUUGCAAAUUCAAGUCCAAAAUUAUAUGAUUUUUUGAACAUCAAAGUUUUUGGAGAGCAUGAGGAAUUUUUUAUUGGUGCUGUAAGAGCGGUCCUUGAAGAAAGAAAGCGCACAACUGUUAGAACACAUGAUUUUAUUGACCUCUGUUUGGGCUUACAGCUCCACGGAUACAUGCACGACUUUACAACAAAUUAUAGUUUAGAACCAACUGUAGAAGUUUUGGCUGCUCAAGCAUUUUUCUUUUUCCUCGCUGGUACUGAUACCUCAGCUAAUACCAUGCAUUACACUCUUAUAGAACUUUCUAAUAAUCCAGAAGUGUUAGCAAAAGUGCAUAAAGAAAUUGAUAGAGUAUUUGAAGAAUGCAAUGAACAGUUUACUUACGAUGAAGUAGAGAAAUUGCAAUAUUUGGACCAAGUGAUUAAUGAAGCUAUGAGAAAGUAUCCAACAAUUGGUGUUAUACAAAGGCUUUGUACUAAAAGUACAGUUUUGCCAUCUGGAGUAGCUAUAGACAAAGAUGAUAUUGUAAUGAUAUCACCAUAUGCCUUGCAUAGGGAUGAGAAAUAUUUCCCGGAGCCUGAUAAGUAUGAUCCAGAGAGAUUUUCUCCAGAAAAUGUUUCUAAAAUACCAAAAUAUGUAUUUUUACCCUUUGGAGAAGGAAACAGAAUAUGUAUUGGUGUACGGUUUGCCCGUCUCCAAGUAAAAGCUGGACUCGCGUGGUUGUUACGUCGCUUCACAUUGGGUGAACAGAAUUGCACUCCGAAAUUUGAACGAAGUCCCUUCGGAUUAAGAAGUCCCACUGAUCGCUAUGAAUUGAAACUAAGAGAUUAAAGCUAGAUGUAUUAAGACUGAUGAAGAGACUAAUAAAGUGA